AGCGCGCGCCAACUGCAAUUCAUUUGAGCGUCAACAAGCGAACGAAGUACAACAAAGGAAACGCGAAUUGUGAAUUGUGGCAUUCUUUAAGAAUAAGCAAAAUAAAAGAAAACCAAGAGAAACAGUUACUCAUUAACGAAUUUCAACAUGUUGGAUAUUAAGAGCUGCCUGAAGAUCAGUUUCCAGGGCGAGGUGGGCUUCAUCAUUUGUGAGACGGGCAGCAGCUACGACCAGAUUAUUGGCCAAGUCUGUGCCCGCUUUAACGUGCCGGCUUCUCAACGCGCCGGAUUGGUGCUGACCAAUGGACAGGGCUAUGUGUUUGAGCAGCAGCUAUUGGAAUACUUUCUGCUGCUCUUUCCCUGCCCCGAGCUAAUUUUCUAUCUGCGCAUGGAUUGGCAGAAGCUGCGACGCGCUUUGAUUGCUCCCAGUGUCAAGCGUCGUCGUAUCCACGAUGAAAUCACCGAUGCCGAUGCAAAUGCCGAUGCCGAUGCCACCAGUGAAACGGACUAUGUGGCGGUGCCAGUGCAUCGGCAGAAUUGUUUUCUAGGCGCACUGCCCAGCAGUGCCUCUGCUUCUUCUGCCGCUGCUUCAGUGCGUCGCCAGAACUGCUUCCUGCAACAACGUCAACAACAUCAACCACCUCAACCUCCGUCGCGAGCCUUGCGCCAAUUCACCGUUGUUCCUGCCGCACGUUCCUAUUCGCAACCGAAACGAAUGCGUCUUCAGCUGUGCAACAAAUCACGACGUUCCGUUCCAAAUGCUGCACCGCAUGUGGCACUCUUGGCAGCGGCAACAGCUCCCCGCUCCAUACGCAUCUGAGGGCCAAGGACAAGGACCAAAUUGUACAUAAAGCAUUAAGGUUGAACCAUAAUUCCUAUCAUAGAUUCCUAUCUAUCCAAAAAUACUCGUAUACUCAAGUGAAUCAUUUACAAAUAAAACAAUAAAUAUUACUCA